AUGUCCAAAUUGGGCCCAAUUAGUCAUUUUCCCUACCCGGUGUCAUGUGACUCGUUAGUGUUACAAGGUCUCAGGUGUGAAUGAGGAGCAGGUGUGUUAAAUUUGGUGUUAUAGCUCUCACUCUCUCAUACUGGAUACUGGAAGUUCAACAUGGCACCUCAUGGUAAAAAAACUCUCUGAAGAUUUGAAGAAAAAAAAAAAAAGAAUUGUCGCUCUACAUAAAGAUGGCCUAGGCUAUAAGAAGAUUGCCAAAACCCUGAAACUGAGCCGCAGCACGGUGGCCAAGACCAUACAGCGGUUUAACAGGACAGGUUCCACUCAGAACAGACCUCACCAUGGCCGACCAAAGAAGUUCAGCGUCAUAUCUAGAGGUUGUCUUUGGGAAAUAGACGUAUGAGUGCUUCCAGCAUUGCUGCAGAGGUUGAAGGGGGAUGGGUGGGGGGUCAGCCUGUCAGUGCUCAGACCAUACGCCGCACACUGCAUCAAAUUGGUCUGCAUGGCUGUCAUCCCAGAAGGAAGCCUCUUCUAA